AUGACUCGCCCGCCCGGCGCGAGCUUCGCGCAGUUCUUCCCAACCGCCCCCAAGGUUAAGGCUCAGGCUCAGAGCCGUGCAGAUCGCGACCGAGACCGCGACCGCCCCAAGCCAGCUUCCCUCAACGGGGGAUCCGACUCUCUCCCAGACACCGCCGCCGCGUCGGAUCUCGACGUGAAUGGUUUUGCCCAGUCCGUCCCUGGCCACUGCGGUCCUCUGGCGGAUGCCCCUCCCGCUCAUAUCGACGACAACGACUCUCCCCUCGCAGACAUCCCCAGCACUGUCGAUUCCGCCAGCUCCUACGGCAGCGCGGCCUCGUCCAUCUUCAGUUCUUCUGCCCGACACGCUGCCACCGCGGCAUCAUCUCGCCUCCCCACCUCGAGCCUCACCCCCCUCGCUUCCAAAGACUCGCCCUCCCGCACACCCACUUCAGCACCCACCAAGCCAGACAUGUCUGCCUCCCUAUCCGCCGAUCGGGCCGCGAGACAACCAGCUCACAAUUCCUCUGCCAUUGGUCGCAAUGGCGCGACAUCUGACAGGCUCCCCGCCAUCGAGCGCGUCCCGGCUCGAGAUCCCAUGCCCUCCGUCAAGGGUCUCAAGUGCACAUAUGAUCCGCCUCUCGAUCGAGUACACAAUAAGAGCGUUAGCAAGAACGCCAAACCGACAUAUAAAGAGUUUGGCUUAGAUGAUGACGCCCCCCCUACGGAUCCUCGCCUGACCAAGGGAGGAGGUCGCCUCGGCUACAUAAACACCGAUUACUACCUACCCAAGGCACGGUUGCGACCAGCACCCGAGAAUAUCAAACCCUACCCCUACGACCCCAAGACUUCGAUUGGCCCAGGUCCUCCGACCCAGAUUGUAGUGACAAGGUACAACCCGCUAGCUCCAUUCAACAAGGUGACAGCCAUUUUUGCCAGCUUUGGCGAGAUUGCCGAGAGUAGCAACAAGAUGCACCCUGAGACUGGAAGUUACCUCGGAUUUGCCACCAUCCGCUAUCGCGAUUCGAAGCGCCCUGACCGACCGCGUGUGUCAGCCAUUGACGCCGCUCGUCGAGCUGUGCGAUCCCGAGGCCUCAAGGUCGAUGCGGAUAUUGUCAGGGUAGAAUAUGACCCAGAGGGUCGCAAGAGCCGGCGAAUGCUGGAGGAGCAUCUUAGGAGGGGGAAGGACAAGCAAGAGAAGGAGAAACUUGCUCAGCUUGCUUCUCAGUCAAAGGUUCCUCCUACGGGUCCAAAAUCCGGCCCAGCGCCCGGGUUCGUUCGACCUCCACCCACCGCCCCCAAGGGUCCAGCAGCACACCGACAACCUGCGGGCGCCGUGUCGGGGCCUCAACAGCAACCGAUACUCCCCGUACAACCGAGAGGGAAUUCUUCCAUCGACGGCCCCUCUAUCGCACCGCUACUCACUGACGAGCCCUAUAUUUUCAUCACGAGUGACAGCGUCCCUGUCUUGCCGAGUAUCAUCCCUCAUAUGAAAAAGCGAUUGAAAAAUUAUGGGCUCGAAGAGAUACGCCUCGACAAGACUGGAUUCUACAUUGUGUUUCGCAACUCGGUCAAUGGCAAGUCAGAAGCGGAGCGAUGCUUCAGGGCGGUCAACCACACUGAAUUCUUCAACUAUGACAUGGCGAUGCAGUUGUGUAUGCCCCGAGAAAAUCACGAGUCCGAAACGCCUCGCCCGCCUCGCAAGGCCAGUCCAAGCCCCGAGCAUAGACCCAGGGCUGAUAUUCGGGGACGUGAUGAGAGAGAAAAGCGCCGCCGCGAGGAAGAAGGGGACCUCGAAGAGGAGAAGAAACAGAGGGCCAAGAACUUCGAUCCAGUAACGGAAGCAAAGCAGGUUAUUCGUCGAGCAAUGACCGAGCAUCUUAUUCGACACAUUCGCACCAAGGUAGCCGCACCCGCCCUUGCCGCGUUCCUGGAUCCCGCGAACCAUGUCGCCAAGAGGCGGAGGUUCAACAUCGAACACCCCGACGAUAUCGAAGAGAUUCCUAGCAUUGAGGAUGGCGAUGAUAGUUCGAGGGUCGGUACUCCCAACUCACGGGCUGACCCCAUUGAGCGGAGGACGGGCCGUCUGGAACCCAAGGCAUUGCCCAGAAUUCGCAAGACCAAGGUCAAGGGUCAGGCUCAGCGUAGCGCGUUUAUCGAUCCCUUUUCACGUCAGCGCCUUCCUGCCCGAAAUGCGUUCCGUUCGCUCCACCACCGUCUUAGAGGCCUCGACAGCGACGUGGAGUCGGAUGAUGACACUGACGCACGCGCGUUAUUAGCUCAUGAGACCGAAGAGCCGGAAUCCCGACCUCGAAGCCGAAUGAGCACCGAUGACGACAUUUCCAAGGACGACUUUGCCUCCUGGGGUCCCGGUGAGGAUGACUCCAUGACCGAGGCUAGUUUUGCGAUUACCGAUGCCCCUUUGGCAUCCAAGAAGCGCAAGCUGGAGGCUUCGUUCGAGACUAUCUUCAAGCGACAAAAGAAGUCUGAUGAAGAGCUGUUUGGGGUCAGGAUCGGCCAGCUCACCUCAGAUUUCACUCCCCGCGAGGAUUCAGUGGACAUUCUUCCUGAUACUGAGGUCGGUGAUGACCUCGAGAGUAGAAUAUCCCGCUCCGAGACCCCCAUGUCUGUAGGCGGCAAGGGAUCAAAGAAGAAGGGUACCAAGUCCAAGAAGAAGACCAAGAAGCAGAUAUUCGAAGAACGCGAGGCCCUGAAGCGUCAAGCGGAGGCAGAUUCGCAGCGCGAAGAAGAUGAAGUGGAAAAGGAAGCUAUAGAAACGCCGAAGGCUGAGGAGAAGGAGCUGCCAGUUGAAGAACUUGCCGUGGAAAAGCCCGUGGAGAAGCCUCUAGAGAACCCCGUGGAGAAACUCAAUGAGAGGCUUUUCUCGACAGAGCCCCUGAUUCCGGCCAUGGUAUUACCCGACGACAUGCCGCCGGAUUUGUCAAUGUUUCAGGGGUUGGCACUUGGCUCUAGUGAUGGACCUGACGUGGCAAAGCUUACCAGGCGAUUCCAGCUCGGUGAUAUCGGAAACCCAGAGCUCUGGCUAUGGAAGCGCAACCGCAUCAGGGAGCUCAACUCUGCGGAUGGCCUCGUCGACACCGCCGUAUCUAUCGGAGGCUACUACGUACCUAACCCUACUGGGUGCGCUCGUACCGAAGGAGUCAAGAAGAUCCUCAACUCGGAGAAGUCCAAGUACUUACCUCAUCACAUCAAGGUACAGAAAGCGAGGGAGGAGCACAAAGCCCGCUUUAAGACUUCGGGCAAGGACCCUGUCGCCACUGCUGCGGAGGCAGCCAAGAUUGCCGCAGAGAAGCUUAUCGCCAAGGGCAACUCGAGAGCGAACCGUGCCACAAACCGUCGAUACGUGGCCGAUUUGAACGACCAGAAGAAGACACUAGGCCAAGACUCGGAUGUGUUCAAGUUCAACCAGCUCAAGAAACGCAAGAAGCCUGUCAAGUUCGCUCGUUCGGCCAUUCAUAACUGGGGCUUGUAUGCCAUGGAGAACAUCGCCAAGGACGACAUGAUUAUCGAGUACGUCGGUGAGGAGGUCCGCCAGCAGAUUGCCGAGAUCCGCGAGAAACACUACCUAAAGAGCGGAAUCGGCAGCAGCUACCUGUUCCGUAUCGACGACAACACUGUUGUCGACGCUACCAAGAAGGGCGGAAUCGCACGCUUCAUCAACCACAGCUGCAUGCCAAACUGCACUGCCAAGAUCAUCAAGGUCGAGGGCAGCAAGCGCAUCGUCAUCUAUGCGCUGCGCGACAUUGCCAUGAACGAAGAGUUGACCUACGACUACAAGUUCGAGCGCGAGAUUGGCAGCUUGGAUCGCAUCCCUUGUCUUUGCGGCACAGCUGCUUGCAAGGGAUUCCUAAACUGA